AUGGUGGAGAAGAUAUGUUGCAGAAUAAUCAGCCAAAUUCCAUUAAUUAAAUAUUCAAAAUUAGGAAUAAUAGUUAGAAUUCAGGCAAGCAAAUUUAUUUCUGAAAAUGAUCAAAUUAAUUCAGUUUUUGAUAUUUAUGUUGAUGAGUUGGUACCCUCAAAGUCAAAUAUUUUUUUUGAUAUUUCAGUUAAUAAUGGACAGGGUGAUCUUGUAUUACUAACAUCAGAAAGUUGUUGUGUAGUAGCUGUGAUUCCUUGGAACAGAAAUAUUGAAAGUUUUCAAAGGAUGAACAAGAUUUAUAAUUCAAGGUGUACUUCUAGCUCAGGUUCAGGUUCAGGUUCAUGUUCUAGUUCUAAUUAUAAUUCGAAUUCUAGUUCUAGUUCCAGUUCCAGUUCCAGUUCCGCUUCCACUUCAAACACCAACUCCAACUCCAGCUCCAACCCCAACCCCAACUCCAGCUCCAGCUCCAGCUCCAACUUCAACUUCCAGCCUGAAUCUAGGUUCAAUUCGGAUUAUUCUACAAACAAUACUGGUCAUGGUCAGCAAGGAUUAAAAAUUAAAAGACCUUCUCAUGCAUACGGAAUUUUUGAAGAAAAUGAUUUAGAAUUAUUUGAUAAUUCAGAUAAACCAGUAAUAAAUAAUACUCAUAAUCACAAAUCUCAGACAAAUGAUGAAACUAAACAAGAUACAGUAGUAUAUGAAAUACCUUUAGUUACUGGUAUUAUUAUAUUAAACUUUUUCAAUAUACAAACAAAAGAUAAUGGAUUAUAUACAGUAAAAAAUAAUAAAACAUAUAUAAUAAAAUCAUUAUGGUAUCAUUUAGAUGAUUAUAUAGUAUUUAUAUUAACCAAAACCAAAAAUAAAUCACCCAAAUUAAUAGCUUUAGAUUUAAUUUCAAUAAUAAAUAAUAAUGAAGAAUUAAAUAGUAAAAUUUCUUAUAAUAAACAAUUUCAAUCAUUUAUAGGUAAUUCUACUUAUAUUGAUGAUAUUGGAAAUACAUUAAUAUCUGAAGAUAAUAAUUAUAUUUGUAACUAUUUUGAUUUAAAAUUUAAUAAUAAUAAUAAUAAUAAUUUUGGUUUUGAUUAUAAUCCUGUAGAUUUUGUAUUUGGAAGAGGACCAGAUGUAUGGAAUAUAUUGACAAUAUAUGUAUUAUUUGAAGAAAAUAUAAUAUUAACAUUAUGUCCAGUAAUCAUGAAUAGAAUGAAAUUACCUUAUUUUGCAUAUCAAUUAUUAUACACUACUCUACUUGAACAAGAGUUUUUGUUAAAUUCUAAAGAAGAAAUGAUGAAAAAAGAUUUUCAUUAUGAUGAAAAUCUUCAUAAUACUUUGAAUAUAGUUUUGGGUGAUUUAAGAAAUCCUAUUGAUGAAUGUGGAAAUAUAAUAGAAAAAGUAUUAUAUGUUGAUAUUCCAAAAGAAACUUUUUUAAUAAUAUCAUCUAUAUUAAAACCUAUUCCUAUUAAACUUAAAAUUAUCUGGGAAUGUGAAAAAGAAAAUAAUAUUAAAUCAGGAAAAUUAAUUUCAAUCACAAAUUAUCCAUUAUCAGUAUUUGCUAUAUUAGGAUCAAAUUUAGAAAUUGGAUUAUUUAUUUCAAGUUAUUUAUCAUUACCAAAUUAUGAAGAUACUUAUAAUUAUAACAGAAUUCAAAAUAUAAAAGAUGAAAAAGAAGAAGAAGAAGAAGAUACUGAAUAUGAUUUCAAUCUUAUACUAAAAUGUAUUCAAAAAUCAAAAAUCCCACAAAAUUUUUUAAAAUAUGGAAAUAAAAAGAAAAAUAAUCAAGAAAUAGGAGGAUAUAUUGAAAAUAAUGUUGAUAAUGGAGACGAAGAUGAAAAUGGAGAUGGAGAUGGAGAUGAAAUAACAAAGAAAAUUAUUUCAAGAUUUAAAUUCUAUGAUGGAUUAUAUUUCUCUUCUAAUAAAAAUAAUUUUGAAACUGAAAAAACAAUAAAUGAUGAAAAAAAUAAUAUAUAUAAAAACUUUGGUAUAGAAAAAAAUUAUGUUAAAAAAGAUUUAAAUAAUUCCGAUACCUAUCAGGUAACGAAUUAUUUAAAUAGUAAUAAUGAUCAGCCUUUAUUUGUUAUAGGAAUAUCAAUGGAAAAUAAUAUAUACAUUAUUUAUAUAGAUUGGUUACAUUAUUUAUUUACAUUAUAUUCUACAAUAGAAUCAGAUAUAUAUGAUGAUGAUAAUAAUAAAGUAUUACCAGUUUAUGAAAAUAUUGAAGUAAUUAGAAAAUGUAUUAAUUCAAACCAAGAACUUAAAAUAAUACCAUUAAAUAAUAAUGAUAAUAUAAAUUUAAAAAAUACUAAUUUAAGUUUUAAUUCAUAUUAUGGUAUUAAUAAUAAAGAUAAAAAGAAUAUAAAUAGAAAUAAAGUAUAUAUAGAAUUUAUUUAUAAUUUAAAUAAAUAUGUGAAUAUUGAUACCAAUAUUAAUAUAAAUACCGAUAUAAAUAAUAAUAAAUUUGAUUAUAUAUUAUGUAAUCCAGAUUAUGAUGAAUUACCAGAAAUGAGUUGUAAUGAGGUUUAUAAUAUAAAAUCAAUCAGAAAAGAAUUCAAUAUUUCUGAUUUUAUAAAUGAAGACUUGAGUAGAAAUAGUGGUAUAGAAAUGAAGAAAAAUGAUGAUAAUUAUGAUGAUGAUGAUAAUAAUAAAAAUAAAAAUAAUAAUAAUAAUAAUAAUAAUAAUAAUAGUUUAAUUACAGAAAUAGAUUACCAAGUUAAUAAAUUAAAUGAAUAUACACAAGAAUCACUACUUAUAGAAAUGAAGAAUUAUAAUGAAAAAUUUAAUUUACUUAAAAAUGACUUAAAAUCAUUAAAUAAUGAACAAGAAAUAUCAGAAUAUUAUUUAAAAGUAUUAAAAUUUUUAAAUGAUUAUAAUUCAAAUAUUUUAGUAAAAUUAAAUAGCUCAACAAAACCAAUACUUAACAUGGUUGAUAAUAUUAAGCCUAGAAUUAAUUUAAUGGAGGAAUUAAAAGACGAUAUAGAAAAAACUAAUGAAAAAAUUAAACAAAAAGAAGAAGAAAUUCAAAACAAAAUUCAAAGUACACUUGAAAUGAAUAAUAAUAUUAACAAAAGAAUCUCAAAAAUAAAAAAACUAUUUCUCCAAGAAUUAAAUAAUCAAAGAAUUCAAUACAAUCAAGAUGUAAUCCUUCCUGAACUGCUAUUAAUGCUUUCAAAUGUACAAUUAGAACUUUGUUCUACCAUUCUUAAUACAUUCAAUAAUAAUAACGAUAUUUUGAUAAAUAAUUUAAAUGUUAGUGGUAACGGUAACGGUAACGGUAACAAUAAUCACACAGGGAAUAACGAAGAUUGCGAUAUGUUAAAAGUUAACAUUUUCACAAAUGAAUUCAAUAAUUAUGUUAACUAUAAUAAAUUUGUUAUUAGUAAAUUUCAAAACCUGCAAAAUAAAGUACUUGAGUUAAACAGAAUUGUCUGUAAUUAUUCCAAAUAG